UUUCCGUCGGCUUUCCCCGUUCGGUUUUAGAAGUCUAGGUUUUAUGGGUCGUGUUAAAGAUCAGCUAGUUAUAACUAGCUAUUUAUUACCACAACAUUUGUUAAGAGAAAUUAGAUGUGACAAAGAUCACUCUAAGGCGUCGACACAGUCGUCUGCUUGCAUGCUAUACACUCGACUCGCUUCACUAUCAGAGUGUCACCUUUCUUUUUCCUUUUUUCUUUCCCUCGUCGGUCGGAAAGACACGUGAAUUUGCUGUGGAGUCCAGUGGGGAGAACGAGAGAAACCGGUGAAAGCAGCAGGUUAGAGCUCACUUCUUGAACUUUCACAAGGAGAAUUCGCGAAGUCCCUCAAUCAGAACUAGUAGAACAUCGUACUUUCUUCAACACGUGACGACAAGUAAGCAGACUGCACUUCGUGUACCAAGAACUGAAGCUCCGACUACCAAAACAAGAAGCAAGCAAGGGAAGAUGGUGCAUCAAUUUGGUUCCGUGCUCUUGUGCCCGCAGAAUCUUGCGGUGUCUGGGGCUAAUCAAGUGCUGUACAACAUCGUGGCUGGAAAUUUGUAUCGUGGCACUGUUGUUUAUGGGAAGAGAAGAAGGAACAAAUGGUUGAUAAAUUUGAUGUUCAGCUUGUUUAUAGUGGAAAUAUAGUGUUCAGUUGAUAAUUGAUAGUCACUGUUGAAAAUUUUUGUAAAUUGAUGAUUCAUUCAGCUUGUUUAUAGUGGACGUUCAAGUACUGCACAACAUCGUGGCUGGGUGUUUAUCGACUCAGAAAACAAAUCGACUCGGUUCCACAUGGCAGAUUCGUCUGCCUGGUGUGCCGUUUUUUAUGGUUCUUGUCGACUACGCCCGACGUUGGGGAGAUGGAGUCGCGCCUAUGAAAUGGAACGCAAUGAAGUUUUCCCUCUAACCUCUCCUCGUCUCCCCAACCCCUGGGCCCUUCGCCGCCAAGUUCCAGGAGAUGGGAGUGGCGAUAAGGAUUACCAAAAACGUCGAAGAGGUCCUCAAUGACAUUCGCGACAUUCGCUUCGCGGUGUGCAACACUAUCAUGACAGCGCAUACGGUUUUGAUGCUGGAACAGAAAUGGAGGAUUCCUUGUGCUUGGGUUUUGCACGAGUGGUGGAGUGAGGACAUGAUCGCGGAUGAGUUGGUAUGGACAAGAAAGUAGUACAGAGUUAUACAUGUUGGAACUCAAAAUAGUUACACGACAUGGAACUUUCCAUAAUAGAGAAAAACUAAAUAUUUCUGAGAUGUUGAACUAACUACAUCAGGUGGGUUUGUUUCGUGCUAAAUCUAAAUGUUUUUAAUAGAACCUUUGCACCAUUUUCUUCUUAAUCAGAACGCCUCUACUGAAACGUAACAUACUCACCCUCUCUCUCGCUCUCUCUCUCUCUCAUACCAAGCGAAGCGGAACAACACCGAUUUAACACCGAAGACGGUUCAGGCUGCACUGAGUGUGUGUCAAGCGACCGUGUGCGUGUGCAAGCGGCAGCUAGAUCUGUAUCAACCGAAGUGGGGAGAGGUAUUCUAGAUCUAGUUUUUGGAAAACGAUAGGUCCCUCUGUUGACUGUCUGGAAAACUUUGAUAGAUUUUUCAUCUGCUUUGCUUCCUGUUCAUCUCUUCGCAAUCUUACAAUCCUAUACACCUACUCCAAAUGCUGCGCUACCAGGUCAUUUACAACGGCACCCCUGACGUGAGCGACGAUGUCCGGAAUAAGUUUCCUCUGCUCUCUGAGAGUCUGGCUAAUUCGCCACGAGUGUCGGAGAUUCGAGAACAAGUCGGUAGUGGGGUAUCUGGUGCCUCCGGUUCCAUUUUAGGCGGUGGUGGAGGCGUGGUUGAGACCGCGCUGAGUCCGAGUGUACCAAGUUUACCGCAGAUAGAUGAACGUGCCGAAGCACCCACUGUGACGUUUCUGUGCCUCGGCAUCGUCUGUCCGCGGAAGAAUCAGCUGUUUACGGUGAAGUGCUUCAAAGAACUUUCCCAGAGGAGAACCAAUGUGAAAUUGAACGUAGUGGGCGUGCGCAGAAUCCGAGAAUAUGAGAUUCAGUAUUUUUCUUUCUGGUGUCAUGUUGAGCUAGUGAUAGUAUUACUUUAUAGCGAAAGUUCUCAUUAUACACCAACACUGAACCGACCUCGUCUUUUGUCAUCAACCUCUUUUUUUGGGUGUCACCUCCACCAGAAUUUACGACUCAUCAAGGUACGUCGACAAACUUACCGAAGCUACCUUGACGUGUCGGAAUAUCCACCUCUUUGACGUGACACAUGAGAUCGACAAAUACUAUGCUGAAGCUGACGUGGUCGUCCUUAGUUCCUUGAACGAAGUGACGCCUUGUGUCUUAGCGGAAGCAAUGGCACGAGGGAAACCGGUUCUGACUACAGGCAUUGCUGGCAUACCGGAAAUGGUAACGGAUGGGGUGGAAGGCUUCGUUUUGCCCCAUGAAGAUGACGAAGAAAGUGUCCAGAAAUGGGCAGAUGCAAUGGAAAAAUUGGCAGAAGAUGAAGGAUUGAGGUAAUACUUGUAUACUUUUUGGUAUAACAACAAAAAAAAUGGUAUAACUUGUGCAUGAUUUGUGCUUUGGGUUUUCUUGCACGACUACUAGAUGAGAGCAGGUAUUAUACUAUAGAAUUGAUGACCAUGACAGUGAAUGUGUGUAAUAAACGACUAGAACUUGUUUCUAUUCUUUUAAUAAACGACUAGAACUUGUUUCUAUUCUUUUCUUCUUGCUCCUACUCCAUCAACCAUACUACCAACAAUCAAACCAGGAUGAAGAUGGGUCGUGCGGGUGUGAAGCGGUUUGCUUCUAGUUUUCGCCUCGAUGUGAUGGUUCAGAAUUAUCGCCGAGUUGCUCUGAAAUUAGCAAAGCCGGUUGUUUUAGUGGAUAUGGAUGGAGUAGUCGUGGACUGGGAUCGUGGAUUCCGACAUGCGUUUUUUGGAAAAGGAUAUAUCGAGUUACGAGCAAGAAACCAAUAACAAUCCAACAACAGGCUAGACUAGCGGGUAGAACUCGUCUGGGAAAUCUUAGGCAGCUCGCCGAAUGGAUUCAAAUAAAAAAUAUCGAGUUACGAGUAGUUGUAUUUGUUACGCUUUCUACUUGCUUUGUUUCAGGCGAUGUGGAUGCACCAUCCUCCUCUAAUCAAAGACCAAGAAAUCGAUCGUAGUCGGCACUACGAGAUGGAACGAUGUAUUGUUGGCGAGAUUCCUCAAGAGUGCAUUGAUGCAGGCUGUGAGUCUUGGGCAGAUGUGGUUAAGGAGAUUUAUUGCGAGGAAGGCUUUUUCCGGAAUUUGCCACCGAUGAAGGGGGCUGUGCAGGCUUUGAAAGUAUUUUAGCUGCUCUGACCUGCAAUAAAAAUUCACUGCGUAUUUUUUGAAACAGCUACUUCUAGGUUGAGCUCCGUCACCCUCAGAUGAAAAAAGAACUCUCUGACACCACGCAUCAAUCCUUCCUUCACAGGCAAUGCUAACGAAAGGCUACGACGUUUUUCUGUGUACAAGUCCGGUUUCUUUUUCCCGCUACUGCGCACAGGAAAAAUGGGAAUGGGUUCGUGCCUAUCUUGGAGAGCACUGGCUAGAUCGAAUGAUCUUGUCUCGAGAUAAGACGGCCGUCCGCGGAGACAUCCUCAUCGAUGAUAAACCGCACAUCACUGGCCGUUUCCCAAUCCCGCUGUGGACACACGUUGUAUUCGAUGCACCUUAUAAUCGAGUGGCGACGACCACGACGGUGAAUGGAGCAACUGCGGGGCAACUGCGGGAGUUUGGUACUACAGCAGGAGCAACUACAACGACUGUUACUACAGCAGGAAUCUACCCGGCAUUGUUGGCGGCAACGGAAACGAGCAGUCCCGGUUGCGUCCUAGCGAAAGGAGCCGAAAACAAAAACGGUGCUCAGCAAGACUGUGUUGCUGGGAAUAAAGUUAUUAAGGCUUGAAGAGUAAUUUGGUUGUCCGUACUUCUUACACUGUUUUAGAAGUACGACAACCACGACGGUGAUCUCAACACUGUAAAGCUGAAUUGUUCAUCUUCUGAAUAAUGUUCCCCCUCUAAGGACCUCGCCUGCAAAGCAACAACCGCCUCCGCCACAUCAUCCGUCGAAGAUCUUGCCCAGAAAGCCCGUCUGAACGUCUGGACCGAUUGGGAGGAGGUUUUGCAGGAAGAACUCACAGCAGCGGUCAUCGACGAAGACGAUCAUGCUACGAGCGAAGGUGGUACUAGUUUCACCACCUCAACGGGCUGUGGCGAGGAAGAGCAGAGCAAGUUGCGGCGUUCUCGAGGAAUGCUCAAAUCAACCACUAGUCCUGGCAAUCUAGUGGAACCAGCUGCGGUGUCGUCAUCAUCUCCGGCAAAGGACGUUGGGGAGAUCGGUUCACUAGGUUCCUCAAACGUCGGAUUGAGUCAAGCUAUCACUGGUCCAGCAGUUGCACAGGGAAGCAUUGGAGGAGCUUACUUUUCGUCCAAUAUUGUCACGUCUGAUACUGGCUGCAGCGGUCUCGACGCUGCUGAGGCAAAGGCAAUGCGAGAAACGAGACGUCUGGAGAGAAAGCUGGAAGCGAUUCGACGAGCAGAAGCAAACACAACUAGUACUUCUCAAGCCCAUACUCCGAAAGUGUUUACACCGUCAGGUCGUAGCGGUAGCGGAGGCAGUCCGGCUUCUUCUCCGCGAUUAUCGGUUACAGCGGAUGACGUUGCGAGGAUGCGUGACUUCACGGGCGAACUGAUUGGAAACGGAGCCGUGCCGGAUGCGUAUUUGAAGUUAAGAUGCAAAUGAAUGGUCUAGAUAUUUAAAUUUUCAGACGAGCAGGUGAGUUUCAUCUUUUCCUUCUACAUAACGAAAGGUCCGACUUUCUACGUCUCUCUCUCUCUUCUAACUCCCGAAUACCGCCGAUGGCGUCGUGGAAAGGCCGCGGGUCAGGGAGGCGAGUACUUUCAGGCACUGGUCAAAAUGGAACGAAUUCGAAAGCAGAUGUUCCUGGAUGGUCCAGAUUGGUCUAGCGUGCACUUGUACCGAUCGGGAUACAACAGCUGGCGACGUGGUAAGGGCCGCGGAGCGCAUGACUACAUGAUGUUAUGGUUUUGGAGAAGGUGUGCUGUUUUGGAACAAGGUGUGCUCCAUUCACUUUGACGUAGAACGGGCAGUAUAAAUAAUGGAAUGAGUUUCGUCUUUGCAGCAUCAACAUUUUGAAGCCAGACGAGUCUCUGUUUCUUAGAUCUCUCUGCAGUUCAAUCCAGAUGUACUUCAUCGGAAACCCGCUCUAAGAUACGGCCGUUUUGAAAACCAAUCUGGCGAUACGCAUAGUCGAACUUCGGAAGCGGGGAGCCCAAUGCACGUGCGCCUACCAGGGGCAGGUGUAGUUUCGUCUGGUGUUACGUUUUCUGGACAUUAGGCUUAGGGCUUGUUAUUGGGUCUAGGAUGGUUUGGUUUAAUCGACAAUGCUAGUAUAACAGAGUAGUUUAUAGCACGCAUGGCGCAUGGAGUGCAUGGAGCGCAGAGCUUUAAGGGGCGCAAGAAGCUCCCCCUUUAGCUCC